CUGCAGAGUAGCCGCUAGGUGCCUGCCGCGGUACUGCCUGUGGCUUCUCCGUCCGCUGACAGCGUAGUGCGCUGGCCAGGUCCGGCUGCAGCGGCUAGGCUUUGAUGCUGGGGCCUGGUAGAAGGAGGCUGUUCUCAGCCCUGCUGCAGGUUCAGAAGAGGCCCUUUCAACCCUCCAGAGACAUGAGACUGGUCCAGUUCCAAGCACCCCACCUGGAGCAGCCUCACCUGGGCCUGGAGUCAGGGAUUGGUGGCGGAGUCGUGGACCUAAACACCUUUGACCCCACCCUCCCCAAAACGAUGAUGCAGUUCCUGGAGCAGGAAGAGACUGCACUCUCAGUGGCACGAAGAGCCCUGGCUACCCAGUUGCCAGUCCUCCCUCGGUCACAGGUGACCUUCUUGGCCCCUGUCACCCGGCCAGACAAGGUGGUGUGUGUGGGCAUGAAUUAUGCAGACCACUGCAAAGAACAGAAUGUGCGGGUGCCCAAGGAGCCCAUCAUCUUCAGCAAGUUCGCCAGCUCUAUUGUGGGGCCCUAUGAUGAGAUCCUGCUGCCGCCAGAGAGUGAGGAAGUGGACUGGGAGGUAGAACUGGCCGUGGUCAUUGGGAAGAAAGGCAAACACAUCCAGGCCACAGACGCCAUGGCUCACGUGGCUGGCUUCACUGUGGCUCAUGAUGUGAGUGCUCGAGACUGGCAAAUGAGACGCAAUGGAAAGCAGUGGUUACUGGGAAAAACUUUUGAUACUUUCUGCCCCUUGGGCCCUGCCUUGGUUACCAGAGACAGCAUAGCAGAUCCACACAAUUUAAAGAUCUGCUGUCGAGUGAAUGGGGAAGUGGUCCAGAGCAGCAACACCAACCAGAUGGUGUUCAAGACUGAAGAUUUGAUAGCCUGGGUCUCCCGGUUUGUCACUCUUUACCCAGGGGACAUCAUCCUGACUGGGACUCCUCCAGGUGUUGGUGUGUUUAGGAAGCCUCCUGUUUUUCUCAAGAAAGGUGAUGAAGUCCAGUGUGAGAUUGAAGAACUUGGUGUCAUCAUCAACAAGGUGGUUUGAUGCUGUCCCUGUAAGCGCUGAACUUGAGACAAGGUGGGCCACCUAGCUCACUGCUGACCCUGCCUACUUGAGGCUGCUCUUAGGUAGGCCUCAGAAAUAAAUGCCUCAAAACUGCAGCUUAGCUUCUGCUGUCUU